AUGAGUUCUGUACUUGACGGGCUGAAGCAAUUACUAGUCGCCUCCCCGUUCUCACAUGCGAAGUAUGCUCUUUUGGUGGUAAUAGCACUACUGUUUCAGGGCGUACACAAGUGUGUGCUUGCUCGCCGAGCAAACCCAUCAUCGCCGCGACGACACGCAGGUAAGGCGUCCGGUCGACAUAGACGACCCACUGUACGCUUCGACAGCACCCUCUUCUGGCGGGUUGUGGGGCUUCUCCGUAUUUGUUUUCCCAGUGUUCUCUCCCCUGAAUCUGGUACUAUGGUUGCUUUGACGUUGCUGCUCGCCCUUCGCACCAGGUUGACGCUGAUGUUGUCCCGGGUAGCCGGGAAUAACGUUAAGGCACUCGUUCAGAAGAACUUUAGGGAAUUGUUACUUGGCAUCGGUGAUAUCGCUUUAUAUGCCUUACCCGCAACCGUAGUGAAUGUGGGCAUCGGCUACACAAUUUCCUCAAUAGAGUGGCGGUUUCGGGAGCGGCUUCAGCAUGCUCUUCAUAAAGAGUACUUCCAGGGGCGCCGGGUUUACGACCUUGCAACUACAGGCACCGUGGACAACCCGGGCCAUCGUGUGACGAAUGAUGUCCAGUGCUUCAGCAGAGAACUUGCGGUUUUGAUACCUUCUAUACUAAAACCGUCGAUGGAUAUCGUUACAUUUUCUUCUGCGCUGGCCGAGCACGGUGGUCACAACGAAUCCCUGCUCAUAUUUUCAUACUACGCAUUCGUUGCCGUGCUAUUUCGACUAAUUCUUCCAAACUUUGCAACUAUGAUGGCAGCCAGUCACGCAAAGGAGGGCAACCUUCGCACGAUGCACACCCAGCUCCUUCACCACGCGGAAGAGGUGGCGUUUUACCGCGGUGCAGAUGUUGAGCGUGCGACUGCUGAUCGUCUCCUUCGAUCGUACCUGCGAUUGGAAAGUAACAUUAAGCGCCUUAAGUGGUGGAGCACCUUAGUCAGCUCGAUGUUUGUUGAGUAUGGAUCGACGUGCGUCGGUUUAGCAGUUUGUGGAUUCGCUGUUGCCCGUCGUGCAGAUAGCAUGGAUGCCGCUGGUAUGGCGCAACUGUAUGCACGGAACGCGAAGCUGUGUACUUCGUUGGCCAAAUCCAUCGCAAGGCUUUUUUCAAUCCACCUAAAGGUAAGCGCUGUGUGUGGCGGCGCCCAUCGUGUUGGGGAGCUACAGGAUUCUCUUCGUUCCCUCGAGCGAAACGAACGGGAGACGACGCUAAGUUUGGUGGAAGAGUCCAGUGACGAUAAGAUUGUGUUUAAGAACGCGUACAUUCUCUCCCCAUCUGACAAGAUGAUUCUUGCCAAUUACAACGCAACAUUCAAGGCGGACCGGCACGUCCUCAUAAUGGGUUGUAACGGAGCUGGAAAGACGGCCCUCAUCCGCGUUAUCACUGGCGUGUGGUCCCUGCGUGAGGGCUCCCUGAAACGUCCUCCCCCAUCCCAGAUGGUUGUACUGACGCAGCGGGUUUACCUCCCCCCGGGGACCCUACGGACUCAAUUCACUUACCCAACCUCCGAGGCAGACAAGCGGGCAGGUGAUAUCGAAGACGCCAAACUUGUAGAGUUUGCCACCCGCGUUGGGUUGAGAGGACUGCUGACGCGCGUGGGAGGGUUGGAUGCAUGGAAAGAAUGGUCAGAGGUGCUGUCUGGAGGUGAGCGGCAGCGCGUGGCGUUUGUUCGCGCACUUUACCAUCGGCCAACCUUUGUGUUUUUAGACGAGUGCACGAGCGCGGUGUCCCAAAACAUUGAGCCAACGUUGUACAAAUUACUUUUGGAUGAGGGUAUGACGUUAAUAACGACAUCUCACCGUGAAUCGUUAAAGAAGUUUCAUCAUGAUAUUAUGAUGUUGGAUGGUGUGGGCGGAUACACAGAAACGGAGGUGGGGCAGCCCAGGGUAACCAUUUGA